AUGUCCUUGGCUCAGCAGCAUAAAACUGGCUCGGAGGAUCCGAUCAUCGAUUUCAAUACAGCUCAGCCCCAGAAUAACGCCGUGUAUGAUACCCCGCCUUCAAGUAGUGAUCGCGACUCCAAGGCAUCGCCUAGAGAUACUGGCACCCUACUCGUACAUGAUGACGGCACAAGGUAUAUUGAUAGUAGUAAUUGGCGUGCUAUCCUUGAGGAGAUCAAAAGUGUCAGAGAAGUCAUUAAUGAUGCAGCAGAGACACCGAAAGAUCUCUCUGGAGGGGACCCUUUCGAUGAAUCAUCGCCGGCUCUACUCCUUGGGACGAGGCGCUUGAUGUCAAAGCAGGAAUUGCUUACGGAUCUUCCCCAGCGUUCCAUAACAGACAGGCUGGUGUCCCGCUUCUUGAAAAGCUCGGAGCCUUUUUUAAUCCUUCUCCAUGUACCUACUUUCCGAAGGGAAUAUGAUCAAUUUUGGCGCGACCCUCACGGCAUGCCCUUUACUUGGAUCGCCCAGCUGUAUGCGAUGAUAGCCAUUUCUGUUUGCUUACAUUAUCGAAGUGGAGAGCCUCUCCCCUUGCUUACGGCAGAUCCCAUGGCCAUCUGGGACGAGUUCCGUCAACGAGCGGCUCAGUGCUUGAUCCAUUCCAACUACAUUACCCCUGGGAAGUACAAAGUUGAGGCUCUUCUCCUCUACUCAUUGAGCGAGUUCCAUCGCAGUCAAGAUGCGCUCAUGUCAGUGCAUUACCUCUUUGGUAUCACCAUUCGACUGGCCCUCCGCAUGGGCUAUCAUCGGGAUGCCAGCUUCUAUCCCAAGUUAUCUCCAUGGGAGGGGGAAAUGAGGCGGCGAGUUUGGGCCUUACUUUGUCAGCUGGACACUUUGGUAGCAUUUCAGAAUGGCAUUCCACGUUCGAUUCAGCCCUGGUAUUCAGAUACUGCGCUCCCGACAAAUCUUCUGGAUGAAGACUUUGACCAAGAUACCGUUCAGUUGCCUCCGGGUCGACCAGAUGAAGAACGAUCACCGUCUUCCUAUACUCGAUCAAAGGCGCGUCUCAUGGGAGCAUUCGGUCUGAUCGUGGAUCUUUCUUUCAAGCGAGAAUACACGCCAUACGAGGAAAUCAUGGACCUUGAUCGGAAACUGAAGGAAGCCCGCGACCAACUCCCUGGAUACCUCACCAUUCGCCCUAUGGCGCAGUCUAUAGGGGACCAAACCCAUCAUAUCCUUGCGCGUUAUACACAAGAGCUACUCUACCAAAAAUCCCGCAUAGUCCUACAUCGGCCUUACAUGGCUGAGCAGGACAGCAAGUAUGCUUUCUCACGACGAUCUUGUAUAGAAGCUGCGACGGAAACUCUACGGCAUCAUCACGAUAUUUCAAAUGAGUCACUUCCCGGCGGUCAGCUCUAUGCGGAUCGGUUCAUGAUCAAUUCCUUCCAAAACACCGACUUCAUGCUUUCCUCCAUGAUUCUUUGCUUGGCACUAUCGCAAGAUAUCGCAGGUACAACCAAUAGUGACUUGGGAUCACCCGAAAGACGGGAGCAAGUCCAGCUCUUGAUGAAAACUCAUCGGAUUUUCCAGCAAACGCAGAAUCGUUCAGCGGACACGCAGCGAGCAUUCGCAGCAUUGGAUGUCAUGCUCCGCCAACUGAAAGGUUUGAAUAUAGCAACUCUGACACUGGAUGAUACGGAGAUAUUUACGCCGACAAGUGGGGACGUUUCCUCUGAAACGAUUACUACACUUGAACAGCAUCCUUAUGCGACGUUUCCUGCAUCUGGCGACCUCAUUCCUAGUGCUCAUGACCCUCAUGAAGAAACUUCGCUGUCUUCCUUUGGAGUCAUUGGAGACAUGCUCACUACGCCUGCUCAGGUGGAUUGGCGUCUUUAUGACAGUCAUAUGUUUGGCUAUGACAUGACUAGCCCGAAUGAUAUAUGGCCACCAUUUGAAGACAUUUCGACUGCAGAUAUGGGCUUCCCUAUGAAUCCGGAUCAGUAA